AAGUCUCGCCCCGCACGCCAUCAUCUCGUCACAGCGAGCGGAACAACCCAUCCAUCUCUUCGCCGCCGCCGUCCCUGACGACGCUCGCACCCCGAAUUCCCCUCCUCCUUCUCGCCCUCUACUACGAUGGCGUCGGGCGGGGAUCCGUCCGGGUUCCCUGAUGAGAGCAAAACUAAGAAACCUGAAGGAUCAUCCAAUGGACGUCAAGGGGUUCCUCCAGCUCCUGCCGCAGGCUUUCCGGGUGCUUUUGAUUUUUCUUCAAUGCAAAGUUUGCUCAAUGAUCCGUCCAUAAAGGAGAUGGCGGACCAAAUUGCGAGGGACCCUGCAUUCAACCAGAUGGCCGAGCAGCUCCAGAAAGGUGCUCAGAGUGCAGGAGAACAGGGCACACCUCCAUUGGAUCCUCAUCAAUACAUUGAAACAAUGCAAAAGGUCAUGGAAAACCCUCAGUUUAUGACAAUGGCGGAGCGUCUAGGGAGUGCUCUUAUGCAGGAUCCUGCUAUGUCCAGUAUGCUCGAAAACUUGACUAGUCCAACACACAAGGAGGAGCUUGAAGAGCGCAUGUCUCGUAUCAAGGAAGACCCCUCCUUGAAGCCAAUUCUUGAUGAGUUAGAGAAUGGUGGUCCUGCUGCAAUGAUAAAGUACUGGAAUGACCCUGAAACUCUUCAAAAGAUUGGCCAGGCAAUGGGAACUACGAUGCCAUUUGGCCCUGUGUCUUCUGCUGAACCUUCUGGCACUGAAGAAACUGAAGAGGAUGGAGACGAAGAUGAGUCCAUUGUCCAUCACACAUCCAGUGUUGGUGAUGAUGAGGGUCUGAAGAAAGCUCUAGAUGGUGGGGCAGACAAGGAUGAAGAAGACUCUGAGGGAAGAAGGGCCUUACAUUUUGCUUGUGGAUACGGUGAGUUCAAGUGUGCCCAAAUCCUCCUUGAGGCGGGUGCUGCAGUGGACGCUGUGGAUAAGAACAAGAACACCCCACUGCAUUACGCAGCUGGCUAUGGCCGGAAGGAAUGCGUGGAUCUUCUGCUGAAGCAUGGCGCUGCUGUCACACUCCAAAACAUGGAUGGGAAAACGCCCAUUGAUGUUGCUAAGCUCAACAACCAGGACGAGGUCCUCAAGUUGCUCGAGAAGGACGUGUUCCUGUAGAUCGCUUUGCUUGGAUCCCGUGGAGACAUGGACUUUUGGCUCCAUCUUCGUCAUGUUUUACAUGGCUUGGCUUCGGUUGGAUAGUCAAAUACUCAAGUCGGCAUUUUAUUCGUUGUGUAAGACUCUGCUAUCUGGGCUAGCCUGCAGGCUGACUGGUUGGAGUUGGAUCUGCCUGCUACUCUCUAUGGUGAUUUGUGUAGCCCCCACUUUAUUUCUGUUGUUUCACUAGAGUAACUAAGAUUGUGCAUCUCCAGUUUAUUUUCAGUGUCACACAUGUGUCGAAUAUGAUACGCAUACUGUUUUCCCUGUGGUUUAAGUUGUAAACAUACAUUUCUUUGAAAAAGAAGUUGUGAACCAUUCAGUCAAAAA